AUGACGGGGCGCCCGGCGCUGCUUCUGCUGCUGCUGUUGCUGGCGGGGACCCCGCGCAGCGCCCGCUGCUGCCCCGGGACCCUCGACCCGGCCCCGGUGAGCCCCGGCCCGGCCGCGCCGCCGCCACCGCCGCCCCCCCGGGGCCGCCCCCCGCCGCCGCCGCCGCCCUGGGCGCGCUGCUCCGGUCCCUGCAACGCCCCGGCCGCGCCCCCGGGACCCUCCUCCAGCCCCAGAGCCCGUUCCCAUCUGUCCCAUCCACCCGUUCAUUCCCACCCAGCCAUCCCGCCCGUUCCCAUCCUGUCCCCGCCAGGGCUCAGCGGUACCGUGUCCCCCGGCAGGUCGGGGUGGGGGCCGCAGGGGGGGGCCCAGGCCCGGCUCAGCCCCCGGAGCUGGGACCCUCCGCUCGCCCCGUUCUGGACGAUGGCGACCCCGCAGCGCUUCGGCCGCCGCCGCUGAGCGUCCGGCCCCGAGUCCGUCCGUCUGUCCAUCCCUCCGGGAGCCAAGCCCCUCCCAAGCCCAUCCGUGGGUCCGUCCAUCACUCAAUAAAGUGCU